GAAAUCCUAGACCGUCGCUUAAUAUCCAAAAAGUGGCUAAUUGAAUCCUCUUUUUUGUUUAGGGUUCAGAGUAAUAAAAUCGGAUGCCAUGAAGAGGACAAUGCCAUGGAAUGAUCAGGAUAAUUCUUCAUCCUCUGAUGAAUCUUCAUCGUCUGACGAAUCCAAGGAUAAGAAACCUCAAGGCAAGUUUGGAAAGCGUAAGAGUGGUGCUAUAGACUUUGAUGCAUUGAGGAAACACGGCUACAAAGGAGGACUAUCAGUCCUAAAUGUGCCUCCGCCGAAAGAUGACACGCCGCAAGACUGGACUUGGUCUACUGGCAAAGAUCGCCGGGAGGUUGAAGAGUCUAUUGAAGAGCGACAGAGAACUAGAGCUGCGUUAGCUGAGGGGGAGCUACUUGCGAAUGCGAAAACAACCAGAGAGAAGAAAAGCUUAUCCUUCUCUCAGAAGGAGAAGAGGAAGCGAGACCUGGGUCAGGCUAGUAGAGGCAAGAAUUACGUUGAAGAAGAGAAGAGAUUGCUGAGGGAAAGUGGUAUUUACUCUAGUUUUGAUUCUUGAUAGCUCAUAAAUAACAGCAGAACCUCCUUUAUGAAUAACCUUAACUUUUAA